CAUAUAUGGCAACCACGACACCUUCGGGUUUACGUCUGACAGAACUCGUUAAACGUCCUGGUACUGGUAGAGCGGGUCGCCAAAUUCGUGUACGAGCAAAUUUUUUUGAAGUUACUUCUUUCCUGAGAAACAAUGUUCAUCACUACGAUGUUACAAUAACUCCUGAAGUGCCACCGAAGUUAAACAGGAAAAUAUUUAAGAAAUUCGAAGAGGACAAUGCUGACGCCUUGAAUAAUAUCAGGCCUGUAUAUGACGGUCGCAAAAAUAUGUAUUCUGCUAGAAAACUCCCUUUUGGCGAACAUGCAACUUUUGAUGUCAUUUUACCUGAAGAUGAAGGAGUUACUACUGCUAAACGCCCUCCGC